AUGAUCGUCUACGUGAAACGUCGUGUGUUAAAGGCUCGAUCUUGUCAAAUUUUGGGGCUCUUAAUCCUAUUGGCUUGUGCGGUUUUGUUCCUUUUACAUAGCCUAUGUAACAAUGAGAUUUCGUUUCAGUACACUUUCCAGAAAAGGACUGGAAUUAAAACUUCAAUAACUAAUGACAUUACCACAAUGACAUCAGAAUUUCUCCGGGUAGACAUACACAGCCGAACACCUAUUGGAGAAUAUUUAUGGAAUCAUUUGCUUGAGGGAAAAAAAGAACUUAUGUCUGACAAAGCCACUUACAAGGGUAACAAGAUGGUAGAUGAUUUAAAUUUUACCUACCAGACAGGGAAUGCAGAAAUUUCAAUCACUUCCGCUUCUAACAUUGUGCUGGUUAUUGAUGGGUCAUCUCAGCUGAAUCAAAAGAAAGAAGAGUUGUGGCUUAAUAAUAUGCUCCUUUUUCGUCCACCCAAAAGCCUAUUUCUAGUUAUUUUGGGUGAUAAUGCUUGUGAUGAUAAUCAAUGGAUUGUUCAUUACUUGUCUUCAAAUGGUGGUCCUAUUAGUGCUGCCUUUAUGGUUCGGAGUAGUUUUUUGGCUGAUGAAGACGAAGUCUACCAAUGGCCUCUUGGAGUCACAACGAAUCGAGAUUUCCCUUUAUUUUGGGCAAACGAAAUCGACAUCUUGUCACCGAGACCCUUUAUUUGCAACUAUUUUGGUACCAAUCCUGCACAUAAUGCUACCCAAGACGUUAUUCCUCAACUACUAAAAGCGUUAAAACUUGAAAAUUCAUGCUAUUUGAAGAUGAGCAGCAAAACAGCCUUUUCAACCAUUGAACCUGUUGGUGAAUACAUUCAAGCCGUUUCGGAUUCUGAUCUAAGCCUUUGUCCAGCUACCGAGACGGGCAGUCCUGAAACGCAUUGUAUCUACGAAGCAUUCUCGCUUGGCAGUGUUCCAGUCGUUGAAGAUGUCGAAGUCUCUUGUGGGAGGGAUUCCCUUUUUCUACUAAAGAAGCAUAAAGCUCCAUUCCUACUUGUUGAAUCGCUUGAAAAUGAGCUGGGGGAUGUCAUUGCUAAAGAGAAUACGAUGAAUUUACAGGAAAAAAUCGCCAGAAGAGCUACCGUUAUUAAUUGGUACGCUGAUUUUCGACAUUAUAUGGCCAAGCAAUUCUAUCGUGUUGUUUUUUCAAAAAUAAAUCUUUGAUACGAUAA